UUGACAGCAGCGGCGCUGCAGCGGGCCGGGCGGCGGGAGUGGCGCUUCUGGUUCCAGCCCCGCGACCCGAGGCGGCGGCGGCGGCCCGGCGGCGCGGGAUGGCUUUCAUGGAGAAGCCGCCGGCCGGCAAGGUGCUGCUGGACGACACGGUGCCGCUGACAGCAGCCAUCGAGGCGAGCCAGAGCCUGCAGUCCCACACGGAAUAUAUCAUUCGGGUGCAAAGAGGAAUUUCUGCAGAAAACAGCUGGCAGAUUGUUAGAAGAUACAGUGACUUUGAUUUACUGAACAACAGCUUGCAGAUUGCAGGACUAAGUCUACCUCUUCCUCCCAAAAAAUUGAUUGGCAACAUGGAUCGUGAAUUCAUAGCUGAGAGGCAGAAAGGUCUUCAGAACUAUCUCAAUGUUAUCACCACAAAUCAUAUUUUGUCUAAUUGUGAACUGGUUAAGAAGUUUCUAGAUCCAAACAACUAUUCUGCAAACUACACUGAGAUUGCCUUACAACAGGUCUCCAUGUUCUUCCGAUCAGAGCCAAAGUGGGAGGUGGUGGAGCCACUGAAAGACAUAGGUGAGAAAUCGGCUGACCUUGGCCCAGACAAGUACUUGUCAGAUAAAGAUUUUCAGUGUCUAAUCAAACUCCUGCCUUCCUGUUUGCACCCUUACAUCUAUCGGGUUACCUUUGCCACUGCUAAUGAAUCCUCUGCACUGCUAAUCAGGACAUUUAAUGAAAAAGGAACUUUGAAGGAUCUGAUUUACAAGGCAAAACCAAAGGACCCAUUCUUAAAAAAAUACUGCAACCCUAAGAAGAUUCAGGGCCUUGAACUCCAACAAAUAAAAACAUAUGGACGGCAGAUUUUAGAGGUAUUAAAGUUUCUACAUGACAAAGGAUUCCCUUAUGGGCACCUUCAUGCCUCCAACGUGAUGUUAGAUGGGGACACUUGCCGGCUGUUAGACCUCGAGAAUUCCUUACUGGGCCUUCCUUCCUUCUACCGGUCCUACUUCACACAAUUCAGGAAAAUCAAUACGUUGGAAAGUGUGGACGUCCACUGCUUUGGCCACUUACUGUAUGAAAUGACCUAUGGACGACCGCCAGACUCAGUGCCUGUGGAUUCCUUUCCUCCUGCACCAUCCAUGGCUGUGGUGGCCGUGUUGGAGUCUACGCUGUCUUGUGACGCCUGUAAAAAUGGCAUGCCUACCGUCUCCCGGCUCUUACAGAUGCCAUUAUUCAGUGAUGUUUUACUAACCACUUCUGAAAAGCCACAGUUUAAGAUUCCCACAAAGUUAAAAGAGGCAUUGAGAAUUGCCAAAGAAUGUAUAGAAAAGAGACUAAUUGAAGAACAGAAACAGAUUCACCAGCAUCGAAGACUGACAAGAGCUCAGUCACAUCAUGGAUCUGAAGAAGAAAGAAAAAAGAGAAAGAUCUUAGCUCGGAAGAAGUCAAAACGAUCUGCUAUUGAAAAUAGUGAAGAGCAUUCAGCAAAGUACAGCAACUCUAAUAAUUCAGCAGGAUCUGGGGCCAGCUCACCUCUCACAUCCCCAUCGUCGCCGACUCCACCCUCUACAGCAGGUCAGGCUAUCUGCAUUACCUCCACCUCCUCCGCCUCCACCGCCACCGCCAGCAGCUCCCUUGCCUCCUGCGAGCACAGAGGUGCCUGYGCAGCUCUCAUCCCAGGCUGUGAAUGGUGUGAGCCGAGGGGCCUUGCUCAGCUCCAUCCAGAAUUUCCAAAAGGGAACUUUGAGAAAAACCGAAACCUGUGACCACAGUGCUCCUAAGAUUGGCUGAAGCUUCCUGUUUACACUGAGGGAAGAAUUCAUGUCCGCCCCACUCCUACCCACUAAAGACCCUUCUUCCUGGAUGAGCCCUUGAGGAAUCAGUACAGCUGCGCACUGUUCUACAGAUGCUCGGCUAAGAGGCCUGUUAGGAGGGAGCCGUCCUCCAAAUAGAAUAAAGUGGAGCUGGCGUUGCUGCCUUAAGAAAUGUGUUGUUCCUUUGUCAGCAUUGUGAAGGAGUCUGGUCAUCUGCUAAUGGACAUCUUUUGGGGGCAGCCACAUAUUGGAAUCAAUAUUUUCACCAUUUAAAGGAAAUGGACAGAGACAGAAGCAAUGACAAUGUUCCGUCACCAUAGUGAAUGGCCUUUCUGUUGCAAUCCCUCCUACCCCAUCAGAAAUGUUCCUCUCAUAGCUUAUUUUUUCUGAAGCAUUGUCUCAUUAUUUCUUAGCUAAUUCCCAUUUCUGCUACUUUUAUUUCACCUCAGACAUUAAUACUGUGGCCCAAAGCACAGUUAUGUUGCUGAGUCAGAGAAGCCACUGAGUUCUUCAUUUUUUUCUUCCCUCACAUAAAAUGGGGGAGUUCCUAACAGUCUCAGGCUCCACCAGGAAUCCCAUUUUGGCUAUAGAACUUGGGGCUGUGAGAACAACUACUCUGUGGACUCCUAGUUCAUUUUAGUUAGAAUGUACUGAAACAGACACAAAAAAGCUCUUGCCAGUCAGUUAGAGGAUCUGCGUAGUCCUCAACAACAAAGUCAUCUGGGUGAUCRUUAUUACAACACAAGCAAAUUUGGCAUCUAUAUAAAUCAAUUCUGAUUUUUGAAAGACUUAUUGAAUAUAUCAUCUUUUUUAAYGUUACUCAUUUAUUAGAAAUCUUUUAUCCUGAUUUGCUUAAACCUUUAAAUAAAUUGCACUUUAAAGGAUUAUAAAUAAUCCAUUUUAAAAUUCAAAUACACACAUCAGUGUUGGUUACUAUGCAGAGAGAAUGUCAUUGUGUAUAGUUUCAUGUAAUCUGUGAUAAAUGUUCAGCUGUAUUUUUUAUUAAAAUAAACCAUGUCAAGAAAAACAUGUUGUCUGGAGCUUGGCUACAUGUUUCAAAUGAGAACUUUUUACAGCAUCUUUUGUAAACAUAAAGCUUACAUUAACACAGUAUAUCUAAAGUUUCCUUCCUACCUAUCCUGCCUUUAUUCUUUUGUGUCUUAUCAUUUGUCAAUAAGAACUAACAAUCAUUAUUUACAUCUUAGUAUUUAAAUUUGAUAUUAGAUAAUUUAAAUAUUUUUCACUAACUGACUUAAACCUAUCUUCUCUAUCUCAACUUAUGAGGGUAAUGUAUGACAAUGUCUGUUUUUGGUAGUGAGAAAAACACCUGACAUAAAUUUUUGUCUUCAUUUUAAAAGGAACCUGUUAGAAUCAGGUAUUUGAAGAGUGUGUGGACAAGAUCCCAUUCCAAGUGUGAUGUAGUCUAGGUGAUCUGUUCCUGAUGGUAGCUGUGGGCCUUCUAAAGUCAGCUUUGUUGUUUUACAUAAAGUUUUAGAUAUAUUGAAUAAAAACAAGCAAUGAGGAGCUGGGCCGGAGCUCAGUGGCAGAGCUUUUAGUAUGCACAGGGCUCAGGGUUUGAUCCCCAGCACCAGAGGAACACCACUGCCAAAAAUGAAAAUGAUUUUGUACACCAGCUUUGUUUCCAUUUGGCAUCAAUUUCUUUUCUUUUUUGCAGUACUAGGAAUUGACACCAGAGACACUCUUACAUAUGAGCUAUAUAUCCAGACCUUUUAUUAAUUUUUAAAUUGAGACAUUAAAUUGCCCGGGCUAGCCUUGAAUUUGUAAUC